AAAAACCCCGAUGAUGUUACCUACUAACAAAAUCAAAAUUUUGACACACUUUACGCCUCUAUGAAUCCAGUUAAGCGUGAAAUCGUAUCUGUUUGAGCUAUGGUAAAGUUGCAUUAUUUCAAGAACCAGCGUUACAGCAAACUCAAGUCACAAUGCGAAAAGGAGGAGCGCCUGUUCGAAGAUCCCGAAUUUCCAGCGAACGAUAAAUCGAUAUUUUUCAGCCAUGCACCGCAAGAACAAAUCGUUUGGCGAAGACCUAAGGACAUUUGCGAGCCAGAUCCUCCAAGCCUGUUUGUUGACGGAUCAAGCAGACAUGACAUCACACAAGGAAAACUUGGAAACUGUUGGUUUGUGGCAUCAUGUUCAACUCUGGCCCUGGAACCUUCACUCUUGGAAAAGGUUAUUCCUGACAUGAAGAACCAAGAGUGGGAUGUAAAAGACGUUGGAAAGUACCAGGGAAUCUUCCGGUUCCGGUUUUGGCGUCAGGGUGAAUGGACUGAAGUGGUAAUUGAUGAUCUUCUUCCUACAGUUUAUGGCCAAUUGGUCUUCAUCCACUCCUCGUUGAAGAAUGAGUUCUGGGGAGCGUUACUUGAGAAGGCUUACGCCAAACUGAGCGGAAGUUAUGAGGCUCUGGAAGCAGGCAAUAUCGCCGACGCUCUGGUCGAUUUCACAGGCGGGGUAUGUGAGUCAAUUAACCUUAAAGACGCGAACUACGAUGACGAUGAAGAGAGAAGACUGGAAUUUUUCAAAAGCAUGCAGAAGGCCAUGGAUAACAGCUCUCUUGUUGGUGCUUCAAUCUCGGCCAAGAGCCAUGAAGAAAUGGAAGAACGUACAGAGACUGGUUUGGUAAAGGGACAUGCAUACGGAGUUACUGCGAUAAAAAAGAUCACCAUUGGUGAAGGCUUAUUCAACUUGUUUAAUCGAGAGCAUCUCUACCUGAUCCGACUUAGAAAUCCCUGGGGACAAAAAGAAUGGAAUGGCGCGUGGAGCGAUGGUUCAGAGGAGUGGAACAAGCUUGAGGCAGAAACAAGGAAAAAGCUAGGAAUUGAUUUUGAAGAUGAUGGGGAGUUCUGGAUGUCGUUUGAAGAUUUCUGCCGUUACUUUUCCAAAGCCACCAUGUGUCACUUGAUGAAUACAUCAAUAUUCUCUUUAUCUAAGCGAUGGCACAUUUUUAAACACAAAAACGAAUGGAAGCCCGGUUCAUCUGCGGGAGGAUGCGUUACCAACCAAGCCACAUUUUUCAAGAAUCCACAGUACGCUUUCAGCAUAAAAGAUGAUGACGCAGGAGAGGUAAUGAUAGCACUGAUGCAGGAAGAUACGAGGAUUGAUAGAGAUGAAGGCGGAAAGAAUCUAAGUAUUGGAUAUUACGUUAUGAAGGUGGAAGAGAAUCGUGGCUACCGUUUACAUGUAAUGAUGGAGAAAGCCGCUGACUCUAUAUUCAUUAAUAUGAGGGAAGUGGUUAACAGGUUUCAGCUGAAGACGGGGAGAUAUGUUGUUAUACCAUCAACAUAUGAGCCACAUGUGGCUGGGAAUUUUAUGCUGAGAAUCUUCACCGAGAAAUCUUCUAAUGCGAGAGCAUUAGUAAAGGAUCAUCCCAAGAGAAGUAACAUUUGCUGCUGCAUCCCAAGAUUUCGCACCCCUGUUUGCAUCCUGUCUGUUUUUGUAAAGUCAGCGGUUGACCUCCAGAAGAGAACGUUGCUAAGCGUUGAUCCUUACGCCCUGAUCAAGUGCGAGGGAAACACUGUCCGAAUUCCCACAGUGAAGGACACACGAAACCCGGUGUGGAAUUCAGCUGGUGCUUUGUUUUACGUCAGGAGACCCAAGGAAACGCACUUGGUAGUACAGAUUUGGGACAGCAAUGUGUUCUGCGACUCCUUCCUCGGUCAAGCAAAAAUGAGGAUCGAUAUUAACAACAGAACAGUGGUACUAUCACAUCAGCUGAUGGGCAGAGGACGGAAACACGACGAAAAGAUGCCUGGUGCUGUCACACUAGAAAUUGCUUGUUAUCACGAUCUAAUGGCUGUUUGAUUUCAGUGCGCCUUCAGAAAAAAUGGCCAUGGAAGAUAUGGGCAGUUCGCCAAUCCUUGGCAGUGCGGAGAAAAUCAUCAAAUUCAAAAGGAAUAGGCUCAAGGAAAAUUAUGGAGGCUGCAUCAUUCAAUCGUAUUUGCUCUCAGUUCAGGUCUAUGGUGUUACGCUUGCACAUGUAACAAAUGUACACACGCGAAAACGACAAUGCUCUGGCUAGCUUAGCUAUUAUUGUAUUUUACUUCUUAUCAAGUCUGUUCAGGUUCUUGUUUCCCAAUUGCCGAAGCCAUUUUUGCUGUCUUCUUUAGCAUGAAGGAUGCUCUUAUAAAGCCCUCUUAAUUCUACACAUACUCCGAUUCCAGAGUGUAACUCUAUGAAACCAGACUUGGACAAUGACGCUCCGGUACGGUUGGUUUCGGGCUGAAAUGGUAGUAAAGUAAACCAUGGAAAAAAGUAUUAUGGUCUCUUAAAGAUGGUUCACCGAUCUCUUCCUCGUUGUUAUCAUGUGCUUGAGCCUUAAUCGUCGAUUUAACUUUGUGUUUAUAAGAAUCCUUUUUAUAAUAUUUAAAUCAAAAUGUACCAUUCUGCUUGCAGAAAAACUGAUUGAUAAAAUAAGAAAAUAGCCACAUUACUAUGCAAAACACAAAUUUAUUAACGAGAGUAAAUGUAGCAUUAUAAAAAGUAUUUUACCACAACUGUUAGGAUGAUUA